UAAAUUCAAACCUGCCUGGCAGGAUAUUGAUGUUUAUGAAUGGGUUUUGCCAGAACCAACCAGGGAUGUAGUUGGAGGGUGAAUGUCGUUUAUUCACCUUUUCUUUUGUUCAUUAUCGUUUAUCCACUUAUUAUUGCUUUCCCAGUGUUGAUCAACGCUCAGAAGGAUUCUUGAUCCGAGUUCUAGUUGCAUCCCCUACCUCUACAAACGAGUGGAAUCAUGAAUGAUUCACGAGUGAUUCACUAAUGAUUCAUGUAUUCUCGUUAUGUUCGACCUCUCCCUCCGGAUUUUCCUUUUUUUGAGCAGCGCCUUCAUUCACCACUCUGUCCAAAGGGAAACUCUGCCCAUGACAUAGGCCAAGAGGUGAAAUGAACUACCUCAGCCCAGACCUACAGUGGGCAAGUAGCAGAGAGACGCAGCUGACAGUGGGAAUUAUUGUAACAUCCCUCGACUCCUGCCCUCUCAACAGACAUUCUUCAAACAACACCCCCCUCCCCACAACUGAGAGUAGUGAGACAGACAGUGGUGAGUCAGGCUGCAAUGAAGGAGGCAAAGGAGAUACACAGAGAGAGGAAGCAUUGAAGCCAGCAGGGAGAGAGGCAUCGCAAGACAUGACAUACUGGCACAACUGGUGGAACCAGCUAACUGACUUCCAGAAACAGGUCAUCCUGCUCAUGUCCUUUGUGGACGAUUUCUGGAGCAGCCUGACUGAGGGUCAGCAGAUGGCCACUGGGAUAAUAGCGGUCAAUGCUGUGGUGCUCUGCUGUUGGCGAAUACCCUCCAUGCAACGAUCCAUGGUCAAGUACUUUACUGCCAACCCAGCCUCCAAGACGCGGUGCCUUCCCAUGCUCCUCUCCACCUUCAGCCAUUACUCUAUAAUCCACAUGGCGGCCAACAUGUACGUCCUGUGGACCUUCUCCUCCAGCAUCGUCUCUCUCCUGGGGAAGGAGCAGUUCCUCGCUGUCUACCUCUCUGCUGGUACCAGCCUACAUAGUGUGAUCUCCACUAUGGUGAGCUACGUGUGUAAGACGAGCACGGGACGUCUGCAUCCCUCUCUUGGGGCGUCAGGUGCCAUCAUGACGGUCCUAGCCGCGGUCUGCACCAAGAUGCCCGAGGCCAAACUGGGUAUCAUCCUCCUGCCCAUGGUCAGCUUCACUGCAGGCAACGCCUUGAAAGCGAUCGUUGCCAUGGAUGCAGCGGGGCUCAUUAUGGGAUGGAGGCUGUUUGAUCAUGCGGCUCACCUUGGAGGAGCCCUCUUCGGAGUGUGGUAUGUAGCAUACGGCCACAAGCUCAUGUGGAGGAAGAGGGAGCCACUGGUCAAGGCAUGGCACAGCAUGAGAUCUCAGGCCCCUGGUGGACGGGGCAGGCCUGGGGGUUCGGGCAGCGACGGGGGCAGACCUGGUCCUGUGUAGGACCCCCAACAUGGCACUCUGGGAAGUUGGCCCAUAACCACUGAUCAGGUGUCAGAUAUUCUUCACCCCCCCCCCCGCUAUAGGGGGUAUCUGAUCCUAAAUCUGUGGUUAGGGGGAAUCUUCUACCUCAAGAAGCCUUUUUUUGGUACUUAUGUCUGGUGAUAUCCAGCUGACAGCUGUGGAGGGCGGGACCCAGCACCCUCUGUUCUUCUAAUUGGCGCGUUCCUCUGCCCAGGCGUUGCUGACGCAUGCCAUAUCUUACAACGUCUGGAUAGGUAUUUUAAGUAUCAGCCAACCACAUCAUAUGUUAUAGCGAUCUGGAGCCUGACGGCACAGUCAAUGACGUGGCACGCAACCAUUGGUUGAUGCAUGCAACGUCUGAGCAUGGUAACGCAACCAAUCUAAUCAGGGAGAACGGACAUAUUUGUGACUAAGAUGGCAGUCUUGUUUUAGGAGGAUUUCAGACAGUACUCUAUUGUAACUAAGUCCUAAGGGAUGAUUAAUUUGGUUUGAUAACAGUGACUGUACUCUAGUACAGAUGAUGUUGGCUUUAUCAUUAUGUGGUAGUUUCUAUGAGAAUGAAGAUGUGAGAUGUUACCAUAGAGAUAUUGUAUUACAUAAUGUAUACAUAUUCUAUGUCUAUGGUUGAUACAGAGACUGCUUCCUGUUCUCUAAACCUGACUUCCUGUUUGUAUGGAAGUGGUUAACGGAGAAUGACCGUCCUGGACUAAAACCACAAACUUCCUCGUUGACCAUAAGAACUUCAACUUCCUUGUAGUUUGUAGAUGUGCCGGCGCUGCCAGAGGUUUCUGAAAGGUUGAGGUGCUUAUCUUGGUAAAACAUUUUGUAAAUCCUGAGCCUAAUAAAAAAAGGUACAUAACAAUA